AUGAGCAGAAGACUGAGACAUGUAUUUUCAACGCUUAUAGGAGCACUGCUUUACCUAUUGUUUAAAGGGCCACAGGAUGUCCUGGAGGAGAGCGUGUUUCCUUCAAUAUUAGUUAUUAAUGAAGCCAACUUCACUAAUCUGAAAACUGGGUCUUGGAUGGUUGUUACAGAGAAGUUCAAGAUCGACAAUUUAAAUAUGUACACAGAAACGCCAUCAAACUAUGGAGUUCUGGUUGUCAAUUCUAUGAACAAAGCAAGAAUUGCAGCACUACUUGGGCUGGAGAAUCCUGCAGACUUUGCCAUAAUUAACAACGGUGUUGUUGUCAACAGGACAGUGAGCCAGAGCAUAGAUUUUAACGUCCGUUUCAGAAAAUCAUAG